AUGUCUCUUAAAAAGCAAGCAGCAUUAGUGAAGGAACUCCAGCGAGCUGUAAGAGAAGAGAAAAAACGUGCCGAGUCUAUGGAAAAACAUGGUAUGAGCUCUCCUGAAGAGCGUGGAUGGCAUUUGGUGUCUGAUCCCGAUUCAAGGAGUGGCCAGACUCCUGUAGAAAAUUUAGAAUUUGGUAUUAGUUUUCUUGCUGUAAUUCAAAUAGGUUCUACGACUAUUGCUUCAAAUUUGUUAUACAAUGAAGUUCAGACGUUGGAUGGUGCUGAUAGUCGUAGCGUGUCAUCAGUGAGUGCUCUAGAAUCGGACAAUGCCGAAUUAAUAAACAGACUGACUGCCUUGCAAAAGACACAUGCAGAUGCGAUGGAUAGAAUAAAUCUGCUCGAAGUUGAGAAUCUACGUUUAAAUCGUGAAAUUGAGGAAAAGAGGGAGCUGAUUGAGCACUGGAUAAGAAAACGUCCUCUUGGUCAGGGCUCCGGAGCAUAUACACCUAGCAAACCGGAAGGAAGCUUGCGAAGAUUUCUUACAACAACGUUGACUGGUGACGAUGCAACUAACGAUGUUAGGGAAAUGAACAGGAAGUUGCAACGAAUGUUGGAGGAGACAUUGUCCAAAAACAUCAUUCUUCAACGGGUGCGUAUCUUCCACUUUUCACAUCAUUGUGUAGUAAAAUGGUUUUGCUCCGCAAGUUAUUUGAUUCUGUUUCUUCUUGACUGAAA